UAUGUGUGAGCUAGGCUGAAUGGAGGCUGCCUCUUCCUGGUGGGUAAACAGUGACAGCUACAGGGCAGCCACCUAGACCAAGCACACAAGCUCUGGCGCUGCCCUGGCAAACAACACCCAAAAUGGCUUCAGACAGUACACACAUCGCGCAGUUGACUUCUGAACUGUACUUCCUAAUAGCCCGGUUUCUAGAGGCUGGACCGUGCCAGAAAGCCGCCGAGACCCUGAUAAGGGAGGUGGAGGAGAAGGAGCUGCUACCCAGAAGGCUGGACUGGACAGGGCAGGAGCACCCCGGGACCUACAGAAAUUUGGUGAAGCUCUACAGACAUGUCACUCCAGACCACCUGCUGCAGGUUUGCUCCAGGGUUUGUCCGCUGCUGGAGAGGGAGGUCCCCGCCAGCGUGCCGGGCCUCACCAGCCUGCUGGGGGCUGGCAGGCAGAAUCUUCUACGCACCAGCAAGAGCUGCAAACAUGUUGUGUGGAAGGGUUCGGCAUUGGCAGCGCUACACUGUGGAAGACCCCCAGAGCCACCCAUUAUAUAUGGGAGUCCGCCUAAUAUUGUGGAGACGAGCUACAGCCGUCGACUGAACGGCUCCUACCGUCUCCGUCAGCUGGUGCCCACAGCGGUGUACCAACACAUGAAGAUGCACAAGAGGAUUCUGGGACACCUGUCGUCAGUGUACUGUGUGACGUUUGACAGGACGGGCCGCCGCAUCUUCACGGGUUCAGAUGACUGCCUGGUGAAGAUCUGGGGAACAGAUGAUGGCCGAUUGCUGGCGACCCUGCGGGGACACGCUGCAGAGAUUUCCGACAUGGCUGUGAGCUACGAGAACACCAUGAUCGCUGCCGGGUCGUGUGACAAGACCAUCAGAGUGUGGUGCUUGCAAACCUGCGCCCCUUUGGCUGUCCUGGAGGGGCAUGCUGCCUCCAUCACCUCUCUGCAGUUUUCGCCUCUCUGUAGUGGCUCUAAACGCUACCUGUCCUCCACCGGAGCCGACGGCACCAUCUGCUUCUGGCAGUGGGACGCUCGCACACUCAAAUUUGGCCAGAGGCCCAGCAAAUUCACAGAGCGGUCCAGACCCGGCGUCCAGAUGAUUUGCUCCUCCUUCAGUGCAGGUGGGAUGUUCCUUGCCACAGGAAGCACUGAUCACAUCAUUAGGGUUUACUACUUUGGGUCAGGUCAACCAGAGAAAAUCUCUGAGCUUGAGUCCCACACAGAUAAAGUUGACAGCAUCCAGUUUUCACAUUGCAGUGACAGGUUUGUGAGUGGCAGCAGAGAUGGUACAGCUCGAAUCUGGCAGCUGCAGCCUCAGGGCUGGAAGAGCAUUCUGCUGGAUAUGCAGACCAAACUGCCUGGGAAGUACAACCCUCCUCCCUUAGAAGAUAAAGUCACUAAGCUGAAGGUUACCAUGGUGGCCUGGGAUCGCCAUGACAGCACUGUGAUCACAGCAGCCAAUAAUUUGACUCUGAAAGUGUGGAACUCUAUCACUGGGAACCUGGUUCAUGUCCUGAUGGGUCAUGAAGAUGAGGUGUUUGUCCUGGAGCCUCAUCCCUUUGAUCCAAGAAUCCUGUUCUCGGCUGGGCAUGAUGGAAACUGUAUAGUUUGGGACCUAGCAAGAGGAGUCAAGAUCCGCUCUUACUUCAACAUGAUUGAAGGGCAGGGACACGGAGCGUUGUUUGACUGCAAAUGUAGUCCUGAUGGUCAGCACUUUGCAGCCACCGAUUCCCACGGCCAUCUCCUCAUCUUUGGCUUCGGCUCCAGCAGCAAAUAUGAUAAGAUUGCUGACCAGAUGUUUUUCCACACUGACUACCGGCCUCUAAUCAGAGAUGCCAAUAACUACGUUCUUGAUGAGCAGACUCAGCAGGCUCCCCACCUGAUGCCCCCUCCCUUUUUGGUGGACGUGGACGGGAACCCCCACCCCCCUCGAUACCAGCGGUUGGUGCCUGGCAGAGAGGGCUGCCGGGAUGAGCAGCUGAUACCUCAGAUGGGGGUCACUUCCUCUGGUCUGAACCAGGUAGUAAGUGAGCAGGCAGUGGAUGGCUCCAGUCCUCUGGAUACCAUGAUUCAGAGGCUGCAGCAGGAGCAGGACCAAAGGAUGGGAACAAAUGACGCUGCUGCUUCUGGAGUAAACAGCAGGGCAAACAGAGGAUCUGUUGGUUCGCCCACAGAAGUACACUCCCCUCCCAAUGUUGGUCUCCGGCGCAGUGGUCAGAUUGAAGGCGUUCGCCAGAUGCACAGCAACGCCCCCCGCAGCCAGAUGGCCACAGAGGGAGACCUGGUGGCAUGGAGCCGCAGGGUGCUGGUUCCAGAGCUGGAGGAGGCCUUUGUCAGGAGACAGGUGACCUGGCGUGAGGCCAAAGGAGACGAGGAGAUCAAUAUUUAUCAGUCAGAGAGGAGGAGACGCACGAUCCACUCACUUCCAAAGGAGAGCAGGGUUCAGCCAACAUCAGAGUGUGCAGUAGAUGAGGGAAGGAAGAGUCAGGGGAACCACGGCUAUCAAACCCGCGCUGCCAUGGAGGAGACGAGUCGUCAGAGUGCAGAGGCUGCUGAUGACGAUGAUAGUGCCUCAGAGGGAGAAGUGGAGGUUCGGCAAAUUAACGGGUAUUCCUCAGAGGAUGAAAAGAACGAAGAGGAAAAGGAGCCUUGGCCAGAUGAGCACAGCAGCUCGAGCGAUUACUCCAGCGAUUACUCUGACUGGACAGCAGAUGCCGGCAUCAACCUGGAGCCGCCCAAAAAGAGCGUGAAAGUGAAAAAGAAAAACAGCAGCUCCGAGGAGGAUGGGGAGAAGAAGAAGGAGGGAAAGAAGGAGAAGAAGAAAGAGAAAGCAGACAAAGAGGGUGCAUUACCAAAGAAGAAGAAACCAAAGGAGAAGAGGAAGAGGAAUGAAUUUCAGGAGCAGGGGCUAACAUUGGAGGAAUGGCUUCCCUCUGCCUGGAUCACAGACACCGUCCCCCGGAGAUGUCCCUACAUACCUCAGAUGGGCGACGAGGUGUACUACUUCCGCCAAGGUCACGAGGCUUAUGUGGAAAUGGCCAAACAAAAAAAGAUUUUCAGCAUCAACCCUAAGAAACAGCCCUGGCACAAGAUGGAGCUACGGGAGCAGGAAUUAAUGAAGAUAGUUGGGAUCAAAUAUGAGGUUGGCUUGCCCACACUCUGCUGCCUGAAACUCGCCUUUUUGGACCCGGACACAGGAAAGCUAACAGGAGGCUCCUUCUCCAUGAAGUACCAUGACAUGCCUGAUGUCAUUGACUUCCUGGUGUUGCGGCAACAGUUUGACAAUGCUAGAAGAAGGCAGUGGGCUAUAGGUGACAGAUUUCGGUCGGUGAUAGACGACGCCUGGUGGUUCGGGACCAUUGAAAGUCAGGAGCCUUACCAGCUCCAAUAUCCUGACAGCUUGUUCCAGUGCUACAACGUCUGCUGGGAUAAUGGUGACACAGAGAAGAUGAGCCCCUGGGACAUGGAGCUCAUCCCCGAUGAAGCUUCAUUUCCUGAUGAAUUGGGCACGAGUGUCCCGCUAACAGAGGAGGAGCAGAAAGAUUUGCUCUACGUCCCGCAGGAUGGGGAAUGGGGAUGCCGCACGCGUGCAGAGGAGUGUGAACGCAUCAUUAAAGCCAUUGACCAGCUCUGUACUCUCGAUGUGGCGGCACCGUUUGCGUUCCCAGUGGACUUACAGGCGUACCCGACAUACUGCACGGUAGUGGCCUAUGUCACCGAUCUUAGCACCAUACGUCAAAGGCUGGUAAAUCGCUUCUACAGACGGCUUUCCUCUUUAAUGUGGGAGGUGCGUUAUAUAGAACACAACGCCCAGACGUUCAAUGAGCCGGGGUCGUUCAUCGUCACGACUGCCAAGUUCGUCUCUGACCUCAUGCUGGCCUUUAUUAAGGACCAAAGUCUCACAGACCUCAAGCCUCUGUACAAAACCAUGAAGAAGGCCACCUUCUCUGACUCAGAAGAUGAGGAUGAUGAGGAUGAUGACGAAGAUAUUAACACCCCAGGAACAUCAACCCGAAAUCAUAAGGGCCGUCAACCCAUGCAGCGCAAGCUACGGACACGGCCUCGUUCUUACGAUCCUCAUGCCUGGAAAGGACGCUGCAAGGAGCUGCUAGACCUCAUCUUUCAGUGUGAGGAUUCUGAGCCCUUUAGAGAACCUGUUGACCUGCAAGAAUAUACGGACUACCUGCAAAUAGUUGACUCUCCAAUGGACUUUGGGACAGUUUUAAAAAAGCUGACAGGGGGAAACUACCACUCUCCUAUUGAGCUAUCCAAGGAUGUCCGGCUGAUUUUCAGCAAUUCCAAGGCUUACACACCCAGUAAAAAGUCAAGGAUAUACAGCAUGAGUCUGAGGCUUUCAGCGCUGUUUGAAGAGCAUAUCAGCGCCAUCCUGUCGGAUUACAAAGCAAUCCACGGCAUGACGGAUAAACUGACGAGGCGGGGGACAGACAGGCAGACACGACACACUGCAGACAGACAAACGCGGCACACGGCAAAGAGACGGAGAAGCGAGUCGCCCACAAGUAGCAAUGCAUCCAGCCCGGAGAGGAAGAGACGGGUAUCUUCCAGGGUGACGGCUAAGAGGGAGCCAUCACCAGCUCCUUCACGGCCGCCGUCACUCAGACAAAACGUCCCUGUGAAACAGACGCCUCAGCUGGUCAACGGUAAAGUGGACACCCCAGCUCCAGGGCGGACACGUAGUUCUGCACGCCACAUUGCGCACUCCUCACCUCCUCCUUCAAAUAAUCUCACCAACAGCACACCAAACACAGGAGAAUCUUCUCGCUCGCUACGGACUCAUAAUUCUGUACGGGCUUCAACUCCACCAGUCCCUGAAAAGGUUACACCCCCUCCACCAGCAGAGAGUAGCAGCGGCAGCACUCGUCGGAAACUCAGGACGCCAGUGCGACACACGCCUGGUUCCCCUUCCAGCCCUUCAACUCAAAUCACGGCCCAUCUGAACGGUCACAGCAGUCACAUGACCCUCGGCGUGGGAAGAAGGGGACGGAGGUCCAGAAGGGACUCACCGGUGAGUCCUCCAGAAGUCCCAACUCCGGCCAGCCCCUCAAGACCCCGAGGUCGCCCACCUGGCAAAAAGAAGGACAGAAAGGGCAAGAAGGACCAGGAGGAGAUGAGACGGAGCGGGAGUCGUAGGAGCACCACUCCUGAUGACGAGUUGGACCACUCCACCGGGGACGAAGGCGGAGCUUCUUCCGCCCCAGAAACCUCAGCACCUUCUGAGUCCGGCAUGGCUUCGACACCUAGACGAAGAGGCCGACCCCGGUUAGUAAAAACUAUGGAGUCGACUCCUCCUGCGGAGUCCCCUGAACCCUCUCCACUGAGAAGGAGCAGCAGGAGAACAAACGAGGAGGCCACGCCUCAUCCUCACACUGCCUCUCAGCGAUCCAGUCAGAAAGAUUCUCCAAAGGAGGAGGAAGCAGAGGGGACAAUGGGGGCCAUGCGCACACGCAACCAUGGACGACGGUCAGCCUGGUACAUGGAGGAGGACUCUGAGGAGGAGCAGAGGCAGUUGCUGUUUGAGGACUCCUCAAUCACCUUUGGGACAUCCUCAAAGGGGCGCGUCCGCAAACUGACAGAAAAGGCCAAAGCCAAUCUCAUAGGCUGGUAAAGAACUUGUGCACCAGCUGGAGUGCUCAGAGGGCUGAGAGAUUUCCAGGUGGAUGGAACGGAGGCUAACAGCCCGUCGCCCUUCCCGCCGUUGACCCUACUUUACUCUCCGCCCACUAAGCACUUCAGAGCUGCAUGUUUGUAUCCUCCCACACCUCCUAUUCUAUUGAUCCAUGUUGGAUCCCACAGGAGCACAGAAUCUGUGUCUAUGAAGGCGGUGUUUCUCCCUUUGUCCGGCGAACCUCUCCUCUGCCUGACCUUAAACACAGUUUGGAGUCAGAUUGGGCCAAAAGUAAUCGGGUCAGACCUGCAUAGACAACUGGCCUAAGACCCCCGAUUCUCCCCCAAAACUUUAUCCUGUCCCUUUUUUUUCUAAAACCUCUUCUUUACUUUUUCUCAAACAUCACAUGUUUGUCCCUUUGAUUUGGAAGUCUUACUCAUAGGCCGAGCUGGGCGUGUCUGUCAGUGCUAAAAUACCAAAAGGCGUACCUCUGUCGGUACUGUACACCGGUACAUUCUGUUCUUGUGUUGUUAAUUUUCGUUUUCUGCAUGUUAAUCAGAAAGAGGAAGCCACUUCUUCCUGAAAGCUGUUUUUACUGUGAGGGGGUUAAAUACGAUGCAUGAGUGAAAGGAGUUAAUCAUGUGUCUUUAUAUCAUGUCUGAAUGCGUCCUCUGCAUUAGCAAUACCUUGUGCCUUUACAUGUACUGUAAGGUGUGUGGGUGCGUGCAUGCAUGUGCUAGGCCUCUACUUGUGCACAUUUGUCAAAAAACUUGCCUUCUUUGGCUUUUGCAAGUUUCAGUCAUAUGUUUGCAGAUGAUCAUCUCUGGCAUGAUGGGAUUUUAGUUUGGGGCUUUUUAUGAAGCAUUUGAUGAGAAAUAAUAAGCUAAGAUUAAUUUUAUUUUCAAGAACCUGGUCUGCUGAGGUUAAGAUGCUAAUGUUUACAUAAACUCUGACUGUGUCCGAAUGUCCACCCUAACCACUAUAUAGGGCUCUAUAUAGUGGUUACGCCAUUUUAGAGAAGUGUCCAAAUGUCUAGCGGAUGAAAAAGUAGUGGACUCGAAAUUUCCCACAAUGCACCUUGAAAAGUAGGGAUCAUCGUUAGUCACAAAACGAGCAGAUAUAUCGAGCAUCAUGGGAUUUGUUGUCAAAGCAGCGCCUAUGGCUGUCACUACCCGACAGUGGCGACAAAACAAAGAUGGCGCAGCCACCGUGUGGGGAGGCAGAGUCACGUGACCAACGGAGAGCGAAAAGUAUUGAUCAUCUGUCCGAAUGGUGAGUUCCCUGAGUUCACUAUAAGUCCACUAUAUAGUCCACACUCUGUAUAGAUAUUGAGGGAUCUAGGGGUUAGGGCGAACGUUCGGACACAGCCUAUAUGAUGUUUUAAUAAACAGAGCCUGGAUAGCUAAUCCUCUGCAACCUUUUUGUAGCUAUCAGCAACCAUGUGGCUUAACUCUUAGUAGAUUUGGUAUUUUAUUGAAAUGUUAUGUUUCCUGCCCCAGACAUGACUCUUUUUCAUAGUCCAUCAAACUUUGAUGGCAUUUUAGCCGAGGACAUUGCAGAAAGUUAAUGUUAGCUUAAUUUACUCACUCCGAACCGUUUCUGAUGCGUUUGGGUUUAUUGUCCUGUUUGCACCUGUUUAACGGUGCCUGAAAUCUGUUCCCUGACAGCAGUUUGAGCUCAGAUUCAAAAUUAAAAAGCUAAACCAGCAGCUUCAACAUCAGAGAUUUUAAGCUACAGGAAUAAGCCAAACGCCUUUAGAACAUAUCACAGACAGAAUCAAAGAAAUGAACUGUUAGACAACAUGUUAAGCACAGUCGCAGCAGGAUCAUGCUGAGGGACAGACUUCCUCUAAUCAGUAGUUACAGUAGCAAAAGAACAGUUGCUGCUCCAGAAGAGGAAAAUUACCCAAACACAACCUAAAGCUGGAUGGAACAGGCUUCAGGAAAUGUUAACAAACUCUCCUUCAAAGCUGCAGGAAAUGCAAACAUUUAGACGUUUAUACCAGAAGCUAACUGAUGGCUCCAAACGGCCUGUCUCUCAAUGUAAUCGAACACAUUUAAACUUAAAUGUAUAAUUUCUGAAAAUCUACAAUAAUGUUUCCAAAUCUUGUUUUUUUAAUUUUUUUUUUAUAAUGGGAGUGUUGACUAAAUGCUUCAUGAAACACCCCAUCAGUCCUCUGCUGCUUGGAUGUAAACAUCUGACUGGUAACCUAUGUGCAACAGAAAGAGAGGCGUGUGUGUGUGUGUGUGUUUAUAACAUAAGUGAGCGCAGGCUUUACUCAGAGCCGACAAACAGUGGCAUAUACAGUUUGAUCAUCGCAAAACCUUUCAGACAAACUUGCUUAUAGCAGCUGAGAAGAAUGAACCUGUUGUUUUAGACCUGUUGAGUUCAUGUUGGUGUGUCGUUCUAUAACCAACCCAGUCGUCUGUUCAUACACAGGUACAGAGAGUGGGAGCUAGCUUUGAGAUACACUUGCCACAAUGCAGUUUUAGAUAGUAACUGUUUGUAUUUCUAAAAUAAGCUUUUCAAGAAUUUUUUGAUGCUUCUAAGGUGAACAUUUCACAUGCAAACUUGUCUCGCAUGUUCUAGCACUUUCUCAUAAGUUGGAAGGGAGGGUUGGGGGCUUUGAAAUCGGAUCGAACUGUAUAUGACGGAAAACAACUUCACCUUUCUGAUAGUGUGCCUUUGCUACUCUGGCAUAUGGAGUCCUCCGUUUUUUUUCCUUAUGGGGCUUUUUUUUAUUUUAUGCUUGGAUAUUCUGGUUCUGCUAAUGGCUCCGUGCAGAGAACUGGACUCUGGGUUUAUAGAGAGAAGAAUUCUGGUUACUGAGUUUAUAAAGAUGCAUCCCUUCCUGGUAUGUUUUCUCUCCCCCAGCAGAGCGAGCAAAAGCCCAAAUCUGCAAGUUUCAUUGCAUGCCGUGGGACCGGAUGGACGCCAGCAUCUAUACACACCUGGUUCAUCUCAUAGCUCACAUAUUACUCUACAUAUAUCCUGUUUGUCAUUGUUUAUAACAUUGGUUUUUCCAAUGCCAAAUUCUGUCUGUGGGCACUGAAGUUUUACAACAUGGCUUUUGAAUGUGUUUUCUAACCGGCUUCUAUUGUCUCCACUGUUGAUGUUCAUUUAUGAUUGAUGUGUUCCCUGUCCUCUCCGUCUCCCUGCCAUAACUACACGACGUAUCGAUGGAGAUAGAAUGAUGCUCUAUGCUCUGCCACACAUGUACUUGAGGAUACGGUUACAUUUUUAAUUGUUGAUAAUAAUACAAAGUUUAUUUUAAAUGUAAAAUUGUCAAAAAUAGUGACUUUCUUUUUCUCAAAAUGGGAAAAAAAAAUGUUCUAUGAUUUAAAGAUGAAAUCUUAAACCAUAAAAAUAUUUAUUUUUAGUAGAAGAUUUAGUUAGCUUUAAAUGUUUGUUCAUGGCUUUUAUCUAUUCCAUAAUUUUACAUACACAUUAUGUGCUCAUAAAACCGAUUAUUUUUAUUCUGAAUGUAUGUUAGCACAGCAGAUCGAUUUAUAAACAUCAGUUGUUUAUUGGUAAAAAAAAUCCCUACUACUUAAAUAUUGUAGAAGCAUAAUCUCACACUGUUAGUUUUCUGUCUCCUGCCACUUGAUUUUUAUUUUAAAAUGUCCUUGUAUUUGCGUGCACUCCAAGGUUUCCAUGGUCUGCCUGAUCAUAAAGCCCACAGCAUUACAGAUCCUCCACUACUGCUCAGAGAAAAGGUUACCUCACAGUGGACCUACGAUUCACACCAAAAUUCACCUAAAAUGAAGCUUAAAUGCUCCAUCAUAGGCUGCUCUGACCAAAGCGCAUCGCUCCAGUUAUCAUCCUCGUAGUUUUUUUUAGCAUUUUAUAUUGUGGCUAUAAUCCGAAUUAACGUGGCUGUCAUUAUCAGAAACCAGGAACGAAAGCUGUUACUUAUUUUCUGAACAAGAAGUUUUUCUUGCUAAAAAAAUGAAUGCAAAUCAACAGAUGUAUUUUUGAAUUGUUCUGUGUGAGAUUAAACUCCUGCAAUGAAAGCUAAACCUGUUUAAAGCUUCACAUGCAUCUGUACCAGGGGUGCCAAUACACAUGGUAAAGAAUCCUGGGUUAGUAAAUCAGGAUAUGAGAUAUGGGGUUAACUGAUGGCAGGCCAUACCUUCACAGCUCUCUAUAUAUCCUAAAUAAAAAUAAAUAUGGAAAGGGAUACUUCUUUCAGUCACAGAUAACAUGAUCUAAUUUCUUAGGGUUUUCUUUUAAAAUCACUAACGUGGUUCCAUGAGAACCUGCAUGUACUCAAUGAGCCUCCGUAGAUGUGUGGCAGAGGAGUGCUUCUUGUGGCGCCUGCCUGAAGCAUCGGUGUGGUCAGAGUGUGGGUGUGUGUGUGUGAGUGUGUGAAGUUGCAUGAGAGCCACCAGGAAGAGUUGAGAUGUUCUAAGUUUGAGGUUUUAUGGAGCAGAGGGAGAUUAAAAAAGGGAGGGGGGGGGUCUCUUUUAUGUGAAUCUAUUGAUGAAGUUGUCUUUGUUAGUUUGGAUACUUUUUUAUAUAAAGGAAGUGAUGCAAAAAAAAGCAUAAAGCUAGAAUGUAUGUGUAGGGGAGUACUACUGUCCUGUUAGUUCAUACCAAUAUUUUAAGUAAAUAAACAGUUGUGUUUCCAUA